AAGGCGGGGCCUACCUCUCAUCAGGACCAGUCUGGCUGCACCUGCAUCCUUAGCUCAGAGCAUCCCUGGAGCAUCUUAAGAGGCGACCGCAGCUGGCAACCAGUGACCAGACCGUCGCAGGAGGCGUCCGCCAGAUAUCUUCCCCCUCCCCUGACCUAGCGCGCUGCAGCGGCGGCCUCGGUACUAACCCGGGGUUCCCAGAGUUGUCUGAACAUUGAGAAAACAUUUAUAGCAAUAGUCUCUGAUUACGACAUGGCUGAGAUCACCAAUAUCCGACCCAGCUUUGAUGUGUCACCAGUGGUGGCCGGCCUCAUCGGGGCCUCCGUGCUAGUGGUGUGCGUCUCAGUGACUGUCUUUGUCUGGACAUGCUGCCAUCAGCAGGCAGAGAAGAAGCACAAGACCCCACCAUACAAGUUUAUUCACAUGCUCAAAGGCAUCAGUAUAUACCCAGAGACCCUCAGCAACAAGAAGAAAAUCAUCAAAGUGCGGAGAGACAAAGAUGGCCCUGGCAGGGAAGGUGGCCGGGGGAACCUGUUGGCGGAUGCAGCAGAGGCUGGCCUGCUGGGCCGAGACAAGGGUCCCAGGGGACCUAGCUCUGGAGCUUGUAUAGACCAAUUACCCAUCAAAGUAGACUAUGGGGAAGAACUGAGGAGCCCCAUUGCAAGCCUGACCCCCGGGGAGAGCAAAACCACUUCUCCAUCAUCUCCAGAGGAGGAAGUCAUGCUAGGAUCCCUCACCUUCUCAGUGGACUAUAACUUCCCAAAAAAAGCCCUGGUGGUGACAAUUCAAGAGGCCCAUGGGCUGCCGGUGAUGGAUGACCAGACCCAGGGCUCUGACCCCUACAUCAAAAUGACCAUCCUUCCUGACAAGCGGCAUCGGGUGAAGACUAGAGUGCUGCGGAAGACCCUGGACCCGGUGUUUGAUGAGACCUUCACCUUCUACGGCAUCCCGUACAGCCAGCUGCAGGACCUGGUGCUGCACUUCCUCGUCCUCAGCUUCGACCGCUUCUCUCGGGACGACGUCAUUGGGGAGGUCAUGGUGCCCCUGGCUGGGGUGGACCCCAGCACAGGCAAGGUGCAGCUGACCAGGGACAUCGUCAAAAGGAACAUUCAGGUGAGGAGGAAGACAUUCAGCCAGCUCCCUCCCCGUGUCCUGACUGCCCUUAACAGCAGCUCCAGUGCACUGCUCCCUGCCUUCAUACAGCUCUCCUGGCAGGGGGAUCCUUUCCAAAGCAUCCCUCCUUAUAGCUGCAACCUUGGUAAAGCCACCAACUAG